UGCAAAAGAAGUAGAGUGCAAACCCAGUGCACACAGUCUAGAAACAGGAGUGAAGGACACUGCUGACUAUUUGAGGCCAGAAAUAGGCAAGUCUAAAGACUGAAAGUUUGAAGUUUGUCUAGUGGACUGCAGUUACUUUCCAUCAAUAACUGAAAGGCAUCACAUAGAGGACAGCAACAGCUCAGAUCCAUCACCACCUUAAGCCUCCACAAUGAAGGCCCAACAGUUUCUGUUGCCCCUGGUGCUUCUCCUGUCCGUCACCCUGAGUGCUCACAGCCAGUCUGCGGAGGUCAGCCAACGCUACCAGAAGUUUGUCACCCAGCACAUCAACGGCAACAUGAACGAGUACAUCUGCGACCGGGAGAUCCGCACGCGGAAGAUCACCCAGACCAACAGCAACGACUGCAAAGAGAGGAACACCUUCAUCCAGGCCUCCGCGCAGCUUGUCAAGCGCAUCUGUGGGGACGCAGGGACACACUACAGUGGCAAUCUGUUCAAGAGCAACCAGCCCUUCCCCAUCGUCACCUGCACGCACCGUGGCGGAGCGCGACACCCGAGGUGCGAGUACCGCGGCCACAAGAGCACACGCUACAUCGCCAUCGCCUGCGAGGAGGGCUGGCCAGUUCACUACGAGGACGACGACCUGGUCAUUGUCCAGUGACACGCUGCAUGGGAGCGGACUCUUAAUAAAACCUACCAUUUCAAUUCAAUAGAACAUAUACUACUAUAAUUAAAUAGGUUUUUUUUUUGUUGUUGUUUAAAAUUCAGUGACUCUGUUCACAUUUAAAUACAAUAUUAAAUUGUUUAAAGUAGAAUUAGUUCCUGAGCCAGAGAUAACAUCAGUUAUUUUUGACAUCACCAAAUGUUCUAAUAAGUAACAUUAAUUACAAUACAAAACAUUAAUAAAGUCUGGCCUGCAACAUU